UCUCUUCAGCCCAGUUUAAUCCCCCCAACUCCUCCUUAAAGCCCAGCUGGAUGCAGCUUUGUCGCAAGGAUAGGUUUGCAGCUCUGAACUGAAUCCCGAUGGAUGCAGGCCCCCUGCGUUCCUGGCGUGUCCCCUGAAGGGAUGGAGAGCUCCUCAGUGGCAUCAGCCUCCUCGGAGGCGGGGAGCAGCCGCUCCCAGGAGAUCGAGGAGCUGGAGCGCUUCAUCGACAGCUACGUCCUGGAGUACCAGGUCCAGGGGCUGCUCACAGACAAGACCGAGGGCGACGGCGAGAGCGAGAAGACGCAGUCCCACGUCUCACAGUGGACGGCGGAUUGUAGCGAGCAGCUUGAUGGCAGCUGUUCCCCAUCCCGAGGGAAGGGCUCGUCGUCUCACGAACAUAACCAGAAUGGCAACAAGGACAGCAACCUUGACAUGCUGGGCACAGACAUCUGGGCUGCCAACACCUUUGACUCCUUCAGUGGUGCAACGUGGGACUUGCAGCCUGAAAAACUAGAUUUCACCCAGUUUCACAGAAAGCUGCGAAACACCUCCAAACACCCAUUGCCUCACAUAGACAGAGAAGGGCUUGGAAAGGGGAAAUACGAGGAUGGUGACAGCAUCAACUUGAACGACAUAGAGAAAGUCCUUCCAGUGUGGCAGGGUUACCAUCCAUUGCCUCAUGAAGCUGAAAUCGCACACACCAAAAAACUGUUCAGAAGGAGGAGAAACGAUCGGAGGCGACAGCAGAGACUUCCCAGCGGGAACAAGUCUCAGCAGCACGCGGAUCAUCAGCAGGGUGGCACCAAGCAUAACAGGGACCACCAGAAACUCUACCAAGGAGGCCAGGCCCCUCAUUCCUCGGGCAGGACGGGCCACCACGGCUACAGCCAGAACCGGAGAUGGCACCACAACCAGAAGCACUCGCCCAACGACAAAGAAACGCACAGAAACGCCAAAGAGACUGAGAAUCUGAAAAUCGAGGACAGCUCCGCGUGCACAGCGCACGUCCCCGCAGAGGCACCCCGGGGCCCCGAGGCCGUGGAGAAGCAGUCCCAGCAGGGCACCCCCGAGCCAGAGACCAAGAGGAAAGACAGCGUCCACGAGCGCGCUGGGGACAGACCCAAGAUCAACUUGCUUCAGUCUUCUAAAGACAGGCUGAGGAGGAGACUAAAAGAAAAGACGCCUUGUCUUUCCCUUUUCACGGACCAGGACGAAGUUACGGUGGAAACCACCGACCCUGAAAAGAAUAAAAUGGACAAACUAAUUGAAAUUCUCAACAGCAUGAGGAACAACAGCAGUGACGUUGACUCCAAGCUCACCACCUUCAUGGAGGAGGCCCAGAACUCCACCAACUCUGAGGAGAUGUUGGGGGAGAUAGUCAAGACCAUCUACCAGAAAGCGGUGACGGACCGCAGCUUUGCUUCCACAGCAGCCAAGCUCUGUGACAAAAUGGCCCUGUUCAUGGUGGAAGGAACCAAAUUCCGGAGUCUGCUCCUCAACAUGUUGCAGAAGGAUUUCUCCAUGCGGGAGGAGCUGCAGCAGCGGGACGUGGAGCGCUGGCUGGGGUUCAUCACCUUCCUCUGCGAGGUCUUCGGCACCAUGAGGAGCAGCACUGGGGAGCCCUUCCGAGUCCUUGUCUGCCCCAUCUAUACCUGCCUCAGGGAGUUGUUGCAAUCUCAGGAUGUGAAGGAAGAUGCCGUGCUUUGCUGCUCCAUGGAGCUGCAGAGCACUGGCCGGCUGCUGGAGGAGCAGCUGCCCGAGAUGAUGACAGAGCUGCUGGCGAUAGCACGCGACAAGAUGCUGUGUCCCUCCGAGUCCAUGCUGACCAGGUCCCUGCUGCUGGAGGUCAUCGAGCUGCACGCCAACAACUGGAACCCCCUGACGCCCACCAUCACUCAGUACUACAACAAGACCAUCCAAAAACUGACGGCUUGAGGGGCAGGGCAAGGUGGGGUGGUAAGGGACGAGAAGAAGACAUGCGCCUUGACGGGACCCAGCAAGAGCUUUUCUGAUUUAAAUCCCCCAGCAGACCAAACCCCAGCAUGCUUGAGAAUACGUUCGUGGGGUGGGGAGGGAGCAGCAUGUUUCUUUUUCAGCCGUGUCGCCAAGUGCCACCCCUCCUCCCUGCCGUGGUUUUGUUUUAGGGGUUUCUUUUUCUGAACUCAUUGCUCAAGCAGCAGCAGCGCAUCCCGCCGGGUUAUUGUUUGGCUUUCGAAAGAAGACAGAGAAUUUGGAAAAGGAGGGAAAAAAAAAAAUAAUCUAAGUGGGGGCUAGUAUUGUUUUCACGCCGUCCUCCUGCCUUGCCCUGGCCAACUGGCAGGAGACAGCAGGCAGCAGAUGUCUCGGGAGGACAAAGCCAGGCACACACUACACCAGACGCUCAUAAUUGAUGGCUUUUGUCAAGCGGGGCUUGCAUUAGGUCCCCCCCCUCCUUCUCUUGUUUUCAACUUUCUGUGUGUUCCCCCACCUACCCACCACCCCUUCAGAGGCAGAUUGGAGAGCGGGACGACUUUCUUAUUUGCACUGGCUUUUCCUUCCCUCGAGCAUUCGUAAUUUCUCCUUAUCUUAUUGUAUUGUUGGACGGACAGUUGUGAGCAGCUCGGGGACGGGAGAGCAGCGCCUUCCCUCGAGCUGGGUGACGGUUUAUGUGAAGAUGCCGAAGCAGAAGGAGUGUUUUAAAGGAGUCCUAAAGCCACUGCAGAAGUUACAUAGCCACCGUCAUCUUGCCAGUAACCUCCUCGGUGGAUUGAGAAAUGUGUCCUUUGAGCUGGGGGCUCUAAAAACAGGGGAUUCUGUGGCUCUUGCUGUUCAAGUCGCCGUUAUUCCUCAGCCACUAUAAUCAUUUAACUUUUUUUUGUAAUAAUUUUUUUUUUUCCAUUGAAGGAGUGCUUUAUUGUUA